AAGGGCCAACCAUAUCAGCAUCACCGCAUUACACACCACACCACCCACCAGUCUCUCUCUCUCUCUCUCUCUCUCACGGGACACGGCGCUGCCAUGGCGACCCCGAGGACGAUGAGAGCCGUGCAGUACGACAAGUAUGGCGGAGGAGCAGAAGGCCUCGAGCAUGUGGAGGUGCCGGUGCCGUCGCCGAAGAAGGGGGAGGUGCUGCUGAAGAUGGAGGCGGCCAGCAUCAACCCCAUCGACUGGAAGAUCCAGAAGGGCAUGCUCCGCCCCUUCCUCCCCGGCAAGUUCCCCUUCACGCCAGUGGGCGAUCUGGCCGGCGAGGUGGUGGAGCUGGGCAGCGGCGUGACCAACUUCAAGCCGGGAGACAAGGUCAUCUCCAUCAGCUUCCCGAGCGGCGGCGGGCUCGCGGAGUACGCGGUGGCGCCGGCGUCGCUCACGGUGGCGAGGCCGACGGAGUUGUCCGCCGUCGAAGGUGCCUGCCUGCCGGCCGCCGGAGGCUCCGCGCUGCAGCUGCUCAAGCUCGCCGGGGUCAGCUUCGACGGGACCUCCGGCGCGACCGGCCCGAAGAACGCGCUGGUGACCGCGGCCUCGGGCGGCGUGGGCCACUACGCCGUGCAGCUCGCGAAGCUCGCCGGCCUGCACGUCACGGCCACCUGCGGCGCGCGCAACGUGGACUUCGUCCGGGGACUGGGCGCCGACGAGGUGCUCGACUACAGGACGCCCGAGGGCGCGGCCCUGCGGAGCCCGUCGGGCAGGAGGUACGACGCGGUGGCGAACUGCGCGGCGGGGGUGCCGUGGCCGGCGCUCAAGGCGGUGCUGGCCGACGAGGGCGGCACGGUGGCGGACGUCACGCCGGGGGUCGGCGCCGCGCUCACGUCCAUCCUGCAGAAGGCGACCUUCGCCAAGAAGAGGCUGGCGCCGCUGAUGCUGGCGCCGAGGAGGGAGGAGAUGGAGUGGCUGGUGGGCUUGGCGAGGCAGGGGAAGCUCAGAACGACGGUGGACUCGAGGUUCCCGCUGAGCAGAGCACAGGAGGCCUGGGCUAAGAGCAUGGAGGGGCAUGCCACCGGCAAGAUCGUUGUGGAAAUGGGAGGCGCAGAAUGAACAUGAAACUGUUGAUGUGUUUGUCUAUGUGUGGCAAUUUGAGAAAUUAAGAAUUAUGGAAUCAAGAUAUGCUAGCUAUUGAUAUACAGUGCAUGUAAAAACUUAUGUUAAGGCACUUUAAAAAAAACGUAUGUUAAGGAUUAGAGCACCA